AUGGAAGCUGUGGAGUGUACAGGGGCAUCGGGGGGACUAGGUAUAAUGUGGAGAAAAACUGCAGUUGCAUUCACAUGUCAAACCAAGAUGCAAAAUUGGAUGGCUAGCAGAGUUAGAGCCCUUGGUCUAAAUCUUGAGUUUAUAAUUAUUAAUGUUUAUGGCCCAAUCCCAACAGACAAAAAGAGAUUAGUGUGGCAAGAAAUAGAACACUACUUAAAUAUUCAGGAUGAAAAACACAUCAUCAUAGGUGGUGACUUCAACACCAUCUUAUACUCAUCUGAUAAAAGCAAUGGUAUAAAAACCAUCAAACAAUCACAAAGAGACUUCGUAAACUGGAUAAAUAACAAUAACUUACUUGAAAUCAGAACAGAGACAGGUUUUCACACAUGGAAUAACAGAGGAAAAGAUUUCUCCAACAUUGCAGAAACACUCGAUAGAUUCUUCUUUAAAGGAGAUCUAACCGAUCUCCAAACAAAACUAAAAACUUCAGUAUUACCUUGGUCAGGCUUUGAUCAUUACCCGGUACGCUUAGAACUUGUGGGGGAAACAAAGAAAACAGGGUAUCCCUUCAAGUUCGAAAAAAUGUGGUUUACACAUGAAGACUUCCUCCGCAACAUACAAAAAUGGUGGAAGGAUAGUAUCUUUGUAGGAUCAAAAAUGUACUGUCUGGUCUCUAAGCUGAAAGAGAUCAAGCACAAGCUAUUAGAUUGGAACAAAGAAAAUUUUAAAAACAUCUUUGAGGAAAAGUCAAGAAUUGAGAAUGAGCUAGAGACAAUAAACACUGAUGUGAUGCAAAAUGGGAUGACCUCUAAAACAUAUGAGGCUAAGAAAAUGCUUUUAUGUGAAUAUGAAGGCAUUCUGGCCAGAGAAGAGAUAUACUAG